UUUGGGUGUAAGUGAAGAUAAGUAGAAGUGAACAGAACUAGAAGGAAGAGGAGGCAGCAGCAGAGUUUGGUGAAGUAGUAUCUAAGCCUGAAUUACCAGAUAUGUACUUCCUCAGUCCUCAUUUCUUCUAAUUUGCGAAUUUUCUUGCUCAGCGUAUAUUUCCGGUGACAAUUGUAGCACACAAACAAUGCAAGCAGCAUCUCUAUCUCAAACCUUCAUCGUAAAUCCAACUCCACAGCUGCAGGUGGCCAGAUGCAAGCAGAGAGUAGAUGAGUUCAUAAUCCCCACCAUGAAUUUUACACGUCUGCCUCCUUCAUGGAAGCUUAGACAUGCUGCAACAAAAAGGGAACACGUUCAAUGUCUUCCUAAUGCUGCCGUUUUAUCAGAUGCUGAAAUUACUUGUGCACAGUUCGAGGAGUUCUCUGUCUCUGUUGGUGACAUCAGUGAUUCUAAAGAACUAAAGAUAAGCAUAAAGGUAUCUGGAAGCAAAACUCAACAGAUCUUUGAUGAUGUCUUUGGGAAAAUGGUUGCAGCAGCACAACCAAUUCCGGGAUUCCGAAGAGUAAAAGGAGGAAAAACACCAAAUAUACCAAAAGAAAUUUUGUUAGAGGUGCUUGGGCCAUCAAGAGUGUACAAGGAAGUUAUCAAGAAAGUUAUCAACUCAACUGUAGCUGAGUAUGUGGAGAAGGAGCGGUUGAUGGUUAGCACUAACCUGAGAGUUGAGCAAAGCUUUGAAGAUCUUAAAAGUACCUUUGAAGAGGGACAACAAUUCAGCUUUGAUGCUGUGAUUCAGCUUCAAAAGUAGAAGCGAAUUACAUUUGUUUAUUCACACUUGUGAGAAUACAGGAAGGCUAAGAGCAAACUUAGGGAGUAAAAUAAGUUUACAAGGAAUUUUUAAUAGGAGAGAACUUGUAGGUAGUUUUCAUAAGAAAAUUUUAUUCUUGAUCAUUGAAAUUAUAACAUAGAUGAUACUAUAUACAUUUCUGUAGCAUUGUAAUUGAAACAUCAUCAAAAAUAAGAAAGAAAAUUAAUUCACAUCAUAUUUUCUCAUAUUGUCUUUGUUAUAGUUAGUGCAUUAUUGUGAGUAGUGUUCAAUUUCAUAUUACUUUGUAUCUAUUAGA